AUGGCUUCCAGGAGGCCAGGAGGACAGUCGUUUGGCUGGUCGGGCAUCAGCAGGCCCAGGGAUACACGGGCCGGAGCGGAACCUCCGCAAGAAGAAACCAAAUUGAGACCCGGGUGGAAGACCAAGAGGGUGGCCGAACCGAGUCACCAACCUUCGAGGACGAUCCCGCAACCGAACUCGUCCAGCCGACUGCCGCAGACUCACCAUCGCCGGCCUUCUGAUGGCCAACCAGAACAAGCACGCUCAGCAGUGCAAUCAUCCCGGGUUCGGAGCUCUGUCGGGAGUGUCAGCAGUGUGGUGGGGGAUUCACAUGGGCCGUCUUCAACUGCCCCGCCUCCGAGCAGACUUCCAGCCCCAAGCCUGAAACCUCGAAACAUUCUCCGCCGCAAACGCUCCGGAUUAUCACAGGACACGACUAACACCCAUAUCGAAUCGCGGAAUGACUCAACUGGAACCACCUCCUCCGACUCAUACCCCCGUUGUCAAACACCUCUGGACCCCUUCCACCUCGACCGCGAGCUGACCCAGAGCCCCAUGGAAAUUCGGCUCGCCCAGCAGAUCGAGAUCCCGAUGACCAAGGCGCAAACAGUGACAAUAUAUCCCGAACUAGAUAGGUAUCGAGAUGUGCAGCUACCACCUCGAUCCGAGAGCCCGGGUUCGAACCUACCACACCGCCUUGCCACCCACGACCUUCCACCCCCCACGCCCCUUUUCUCCGGAACGAGCAGUCAGUCCCCGGGCUUGGUGGCCCCAAUUCGGAUACCUCCGCCUGGAACAAGGCGACCUCCCGUCACCCGAAGAAGAGCUGGGAGCAUAUCGAAUGAAGCUGCCCCUGUAGCUACCGACCCUCAGGGCUUGGCGGUUGUUAGGGAGUUGUCGACGUCGUCAUCUUCCAAUUCAACUGUCCGUGCUGGCGUCAACGCAAAAGACAAGAAGAAAAGCAAAGGAUCAUCGCAUCGCGCGCCAAGCCCACCACCAAGGAAGUCGUCACACAAACCCAAGGAAAGCCGAGAUGGAGUGGUUGCGUCGAAAGUUUCCCGUAAGGCUCCCCCAACAGAGGCCGCAUCGCCGCCCGCGGUGAAACCCACCUCGUUCUCCCGUCCUCGGCUUGUGCAACCUACGCCGCCCACCGGUUCCUCUAAACUCGCACCGCCUCGGCGGCCCAGCCGCGAUGGGACUGCCGAUCUACAACCUCAGAGCGGGCAAACCAUCCCAGUCAUUCACAGCAAUCUGUCCUCAACCUCCCUCUCUGAAAGACGGCAGAGUGGCCUUUUGGCCCCAGGCCCGGCCAACCGGCCGAUCGUCUCAACGGCUGCUGCCCCGGAACGGCCAAGCUACCUAUCUCGACGGCCCCCAACUAGGGAGCCUACGCCGACCCCCAACCAUGCUGCCUCUCGUGAUGUUGUAGGGACGUCCAAACAAGAACCGGCGAGGCCGACACGAACGCCAAGCCCUAAUGUAUCGUCGACCUUUAAAACCCGGUUUCCCAUCUUUGGACGACGCACGAAAACAGUUCCCGACCCAAGCCAACAAGAUAAAAAGGACAAGCCUGCGAGAAAAGGGCCAGCAGCUGGAACGGGCCACGAGGGUUACGGAAAGCUGGGCUCAGUGCGCCGGAGAAGCAACAGCCUCACGAACGCGGCACGGGUUAUCCCGGGGACUAUGUCCUCGCAGGAGAGCCUGAGCAGCCUAUCCCGCGACUCGUUCCUACUAGAAAGGAUGGCUCCAGUCGUCAUUGCUGGCGGCGAAAUAAUCGAGAACAAGAACGCUAGCUCGGAACUAACCCGCGUUGAAAGCAACCAGAGCUCAACAUUGAGACGGCCCAGCAUCGAAUCCCGAAACAGCUCCCAAGUUUCGCUCUCUUCGUCUCGUGAAGCCCCCCGCAAAACCUUGUGGCCGUCGCCUUUCCCGCGCAACGCUUCGCAGACACCUUCGCUAAGCAGCCGGCGCCCGUCUGAGAGCAGUGAUUCCGAGGCCGUCACGAUGAAGCCGACCCUGGCCCUGAGGAGAUCCAUGCAGCGGCUUAAGGCUGGCGAACAGGAGCCCGCAAAACUACCUAAGCCAAUCAUCACCCAACCCCAGGCUGUGUCGCCCGCGAUGGGUAGCCUGGACGUCAGCAUCAUGUCCGAUGACUCCGUCUUCGACCCUUCAGCAGAACCGGCCGUAGCAACCAAGGAGCCGGCUAACCCGGCGUCCACCUCCGGGCCGAAGAAGUUGAUAAGGCGAGCUCGUUCCCCGCGCAAGUGGAACUUUUUCGGUCGCUCGCACAGCCAGGCGCCCGCGGAGAAAACAACGGAUACAGCCAAGACGGUGGCUGCGACGGUCCAAGUAGUCCAGAACAAGCCGGUGGCGUUUUACACUAUGAUGGACUCACCAGAGCAAGAUGAUUCUGACCCGAUUGACCUGGAAGAAGUGCUCCGCGAAGCUAGGGGUAUCGCCACUACGACCCCUGAAUUUCCCCAGGUCGAAGACCCAUCAAGCAGAAGACCGUCCGUUGCAAAUCAGUCACCACCAAGUGUGCCAACACCCCAGCAACCCGAGGUCCAACGGCCCUUGAAUACGAAGAGAGCUUUCACAAGCCAGCCUGCCUUGCCCGUCUCUCCUCGGUCAAAAGUCGAGCCGACGCCAGCUCAGCCUCCUGCAACCCAUGCCCCGACUCGGCCGAGUAGGCUUCCUCAAGUCGGCCGCAUCCCCAAGGUGAUAAGCGCUAGGGCUGAGCAGACCUCACCGAAAAGCUUCUCGAGGCCUUUCCACCGGCUGAGCGUCCAGGUGCCCCCCGUCGUCCUUGAACCCCAAGACCAGGAGUCGGUCGCGAAAGGGCCGAGCCCGCCCAAGCCUUCCACUCCGGAGGCUUCUCACGAUGACCCAUUAGCUGAAAAUAACUCCAACAUCUCGGCUCUGAUUUAUGGUGUGCCAAGGUUGCCCCCGCCAGCCUCCAGCCAGCCAGGGCAAGAAUUUCUCUCGUUCUCGCCCCGCAAGGACUCACAAUGCACUAUGACAACAUCGUCCAGCAGCUCCGGUGGACUCAUGACCUUUGCCGAUGCCACCGCUGUAGUACCGUCACCCUGUGCCCCGCUUGCCGAAGACGAGAUUUGGGACGAGUACAACGACCUGCUUGGGGAGGAGACAAUCAAGCUGUCAACCCUACAAGGGCCGUCCUGGCCGAAGCCGUUGCGGCUCGAUGGGUCUACGCACAAGAAAUGGAUCGAGCCGGCUUUGGAAUCACCUACGCUUAGCCCGCCGCCCCUACCGAGCUUGGUCCAGACCUUGCGGGCAGGAAUGGAUCACACGUCGUUGAGCGUCCGUGGCUCGGAGGUUGCUUUGGAGGUCAAGCGGAUGCUCGACUACGAACCCACGCCGGUGAACUCGAUUGUCGUUCCCGAUACGCCAUGCAGCCAGGAUGACGAGGUUAACCGUGCGACUCCGGGCAAUCCGAAGGAAGACGUGCCAUCCGCGCAACGGGAUAGUUGUUCUUCUGCCCUCCAAGUGCGACGGUCGAACGCCAGCAGCAGUACUCAGUGCUCAGAAGACAACUCGCCCCUGUCGCAGGUCAACCUACGAGUCGGCUCCAUGACUGUCAGCAAAUGGCUUACGUUUGGCCAUGUUCUCUUCAGCCCCGUUCGGGACGAGCUGGUCGCCGAGGUCGGCUCGCUUAAGCGCCCCUCGAUCCUCGUUGUUGACGGCCUAGGUAACGACGAUUGGUCGUUCUACGCGGCCGAGACAUACCCGGCCGCUACGUUUUUUAACCUUUCGCCCCGUGCUCCUCUCCCGACCGAGUACCAGAAUGAAUCUUCCUUCCCGCUCAGCCCUCCCAAUCAUCAUCAGGUCCAGUACUCGUCCAACACGGCAAAGUUUCCCUUCGGCGCGCAGAGCUUCACCGCGGUCGUCGUCCGUUUUCCCUCGGCCGCUCCCGAAGGGCACUACCGCAACAUCAUCUCCGAGGCUCGUCGGGUGCUGAAACCUGGUGGCUACAUCGAACUGUCAAUCCUCGAUGUCGACCUGAACAACAUGGGCAACCGCUGCCGCCGCACAGUCCGACGCCUCAAGGAACGCAUCCACGCCCAAGCCCCUGACACUAGCCUCGCGUCGGCCUCGGACCUGAUCCUCCGUCUGAUUGGCAGACGAGGAUUCACCGACGUCAAGACCUGCCGCGUCGGCGUCCCCAUUGCUAGCAAUGUCGCCCGAUCUCCACGCAGCAGCGGCAACGAAACCGGAGGCAGCGGCGGGAAGAGGCGCUCAACGGGCGGCCCUGCGCCCGGGGCCAAGCACAAGAAAGACGAGCGCAGCCUGCCGGAGAUGAUCGCCGACGAGGGUCCCGUCGCGGACGAGAGCAUCGCGCAGUCGGUGGCGAGAGUUGGGCGGUGGUGGUAUAGCCGGUGCUACGAAAGCGCGGCGGGGCCUGGGAUCGGCCCGUCGUCGAAGGGCAGUAUCUGGCGCGACAAGGCGCUGCUGGCUGAGUGCCAGGAGUGGGGGACCAGCCUGAAGCUGAUGGUUUGCCAUGCGAGGGUGCCCGAUGGGAGGGCGAGGGUGGCAAGUAUUUGA